AUGGACGCCAUCAAGAAGAAGAUGCAGGCGAUGAAGCUGGAGAAGGAUAAUGCAUUGGACCGCGCGGCCAUGUGCGAACAGCAGGCCAAAGAUGCCAACCUUCGCGCUGAAAAGGCUGAGGAAGAAGCCAGGCAGCUCCAGAAGAAGAUCCAAACCAUUGAGAACGACCUCGACCAGACCCAGGAAGGACUCAUGCAGGUCAACGCCAAGCUUGAGGAGAAGGAGAAGGCACUUCAGAACCGAGUCAGUAAAGAUGGCGGGCGCUGCGCGGCCGGCAGGAGCGCGCGGUGUGCAGUGAUGUCCGCGCCCGCGCCCCACGCCCACGGGCGCGCCCCCGUGCGGCGCAGGGGGCACCAACACCACCCGCGGCUCCGGGGCGAGCGGACCCCCGCCCCCGACCCGCAACCUCCGCCCGCGGCGACCCCAGACAAUGUUGUGCCCUGUGACAGUGUUAGUGAAUCUCAAUCGACAAGGACGAAUAGUGACGAUGCACUUUCGAAUCGAAUCGAGGACUCGAUUGAUGAUGAAAUCGAUUUCGGUGUGAACGCCGAGCCUAACUUCAGUUCGGAUGAGGAGUUUUCUUUCCACGAGGAGCGCUCGGCUGGCGACGGGGCGGAGGUCGCGACCCUGCCCUCUGACACCUGUGAUGACGACCCAGAGACGGUGGAGCUCGCCAAGUUGCGGUGUCCCAGCGAGUGCACCGAGGUUUUGGCGGCCAGAGAGAACCGCCGCCGCCGAAGAUGCGCCGACUACCCCGGCCUGGCGUUCGGCAGCUCCAUAUUCUCCUCCGACACUAUGAUGAAGUUUUCUAUUAUUAAGAAUGAGUUGCAGAACAUAAAGAACACGGCGUUAAAAAGGGCCGAAUCCGAGGUCGCAGCUCUUAAUAGACGCAUCCAACUUUUGGAGGAGGAUUUGGAAAGGUCUGAGGAACGUCUCGCCACAGCUACAGCUAAACUCGCCGAGGCCAGCCAAGCAGCUGAUGAGUCCGAACGAAUACGCAAGGCCUUGGAGAAUCGUACAAAUAUGGAGGACGACCGCGUCGCCAUUUUGGAAGCUCAGCUGUCACAGGCGAAACUCAUCGCCGAGGAAUCUGACAAGAAAUACGAAGAGGUAUUGGAAAACAGGUCGUUGGCUGAUGAAGAACGUAUGGACGCUUUGGAGAACCAGCUCAAAGAAGCAAGAUUCCUUGCUGAGGAAGCUGACAAGAAAUACGAUGAGGUCGCUCGUAAGCUGGCUAUGGUUGAAGCUGAUCUGGAGCGUGCUGAAGAACGCGCCGAGGCUGGCGAAUCCAAAAUCGUCGAGCUUGAGGAGGAGCUCCGCGUCGUCGGCAACAACUUGAAGUCCCUCGAAGUCUCCGAAGAAAAGGCCAAUCAACGCGAAGAGGAGUACAAAAACCAGAUCAAAACUCUCACCACCCGUCUAAAGGAGGCUACGCAAAGGGAAGAGACAUACGAGGGUCAGGUGAAGCUGCUCGACGCGCAGCUCAAAGAGGUUUGUUUGAAGGAGUUUGGUUGUAGUCGGAGUCGCUAUCUUGUUAGAUACACCCUAUAUAUAAUCUGUGCUAAUGUAUGGGCGAUGGCGUCCCGUGAUCACGUCGAGGAUAAGAUACACAGCCUCACGCAGAAACUGACGCAAGCUGAGGCUCGCGCUGAAUUCGCUGAGCGUUCGGUCCAGAAACUUCAAAAGGAGGUCGACAGGCUUGAAGAUGACCUGAUCAACGAGAAGGAGAAGCUUAACGGCAUCGCUGACGACAUUGAUGACACGGUCGUCGAGCUCAUACCCGGCAUAGACAUGACCAGCAGGCAGGUGGAGGCCGCGCGGCUGGCGCUCGAGAAGAAGAAGAACGCGCCCCCACCACCGCCGCCCAAGGAGAAGACACCCCCACCACCGAAAGAAAAAACACCCCCACCACCACCAAAAGAAAAGACCCCCCCACCCCCACCACCAAAAGAACCAACUCCUCCACCACCAAAAGAACCAACACCCCCACCAAAAGAACCAACUCCUCCACCAAAAGAACCAACUCCCCCACCAACUGAACCAACUCCAGCCGAAUAG